AUGGAAGGCUCGUCCUCCUCAAAGCCAGCGAAAGUUCCUCCUCAGACCAAACGAGGCAUCAACGAGAGUCGCGCCGAGAGGAAACGGGUCCAAGAUCGUCUCGCGCAAAGAGCGACCCGAGAACGGACCAGGAGCCGCAUUGCAUUUCUCGAACAACGGCUCAAGAGCCUCGAAGCCGCAGACCGACAAGGGGAGAUCGUCAGCCUGACACGCAUCAUCGAAGACCUUCGCAAUGAGAACCACCGUCUGCGCGAUGCCUUGCUCAAGAUGCGCUCGACCAUUGACGAAACCAUAGCUUCGACAAGUGGCACGUCUUCAUCUACCUCGCCACUCUUUGAGAGCGCCGCCACGCCAACCGCCGCACACUGCAAUUCGCCGCCGUCUCACCAAAGGCGUCAUCCGUCGGGAGGAGACGGCGGUUCACAAGACCACCGACUCGAGACGUCCCCGUCGGCGUCGUUUGAAUUCAACCCGGACACACUGCUUCAAAUGUUCGAGACGGCAGGGUCCACCUUCAACGCAUGGGGCCAGAUGGCGACGACGUCCUCGUCUGCGUCUCCAUUCGACUUCCGCGUCGCGACGCCGCCAGAGGUUGUCAACAACAUCGCACCCGACGUCGACAAGUGGCACGUGUCCAACGGGGCCUUCAUAAACGCCCUGACCGAGAUCAGGAAGCGCAAUCCGGCCGACCAGGAACUGGACCUGCACGUGCCGUUCAAAGCGGCCAUCUGGGGCUGGAACAACGUCGGGCCCGAAGCACAACAUCCAGUGUGGCUUGCACUGCGCCAGGUCGAUCAAAGGGUGUUUGGGACCUGGAAGUCGAAAGCACAGAGGAUCGCCCUGAUGUACGUCUGCCAGACGCUGAUGCAGUACCGUGAGAAUCCCACCGCGGAUAACCUCGGUCGUGUACCUGAAUUCUUGCGACCAAGACCAUCACAAGAAAAGAUUCAACACCCUGCCGUGAUUGACUUUUUGAUCUGGCCCGCCCUCCGCGAUCGUCUCGUGUUUGAAUACAAAAAGUACACCUCGACCGGAAUCUUUUCGAAAGCCUUUGUCGAAAACUUCAACUUCUACUGGCCUUAUCCCGCCAGAGACAUUUUCAUCUACGACCCUGCCACCGACGGCUACGACGUCUCUCCCAUGUUCCUCAGACAUGUAUACGACCUCAAGAACUGGACCAUGAAGCCCGCUUUCUUCAAGCAGUUUCCCGAGAUGGAGAAUGACAUUCCCGUCUUUACGGAGCCGAGUGAUGAUGAUGAAGUGUCUGGCGAGUCGUGGACGAUAUGA